AUGGGCGGCCAAGUGCCACUGGCAAUGAUCGCCUUGGACCCACAGGUGCUCGAGUAUGGCCGUGCCCUUCUUGACAAGAAGGAGAAUUUGGGCCCCAGCAAGAUCUCCUUGCGGCAGAUCCUGGCUGAUGUUCUCGAAGGUGCCGGCGAGGAUCCCAAGCUUCUGAUCGAAGAUGCGGAGCCCUUUCCGAUGGUGCGCUGCGAAGUCCCGGGAGCGGUAAGCAGCACUCGCACUUACUCGAUGCGUGCCCUGGGAAAGUCCGCACGCGCGUCGGCGCCGCUGGUUCAGCUGGAGCUGCAAAGAGCGCGCAGCAUCAAAAGGGUGCUGGCUGCAGUGGACAAGCACUUCCACAUCCUCGAUGCCGGUCACGUGAGUCUGGUGCUGCAGAAGCUCGCGGCUCUGCCCCGAGAAAACUCUGAGAGCAUCGAGCGCGAGCUCCUGGAUCUGCUGCGACUAGUGGAGCACCAUGCCGCGCAGCUGCCAGACAAGGAACUCUUGCGCUUGGCCAGGAGCCUUGCGGGCUUGGCCCGCCCCGACAAUCCGGCCUGGCAGGCCAUCGGCGCCACGGUCACGGAGAGGAUCCCGCGCCUCGGCACGGACCUGGCGCCGCUGCUCGCUGCCCUGGCUGCCGCGCGAAGCACCGCGGCGGAGGCCUUCCGAGCAGCCGAGCAGCCAGAGGUCGUGGCCUCAAUGUCAGAUGACACACUGGCUGGGGUCCUCUCCGCCAUGGUGCUCGCUCGGCAACCGCCUGCCAGCAGUGUGCUGCUCGAGGCAGUCGCGGCCCGGACUCCGAAUUUCGAAGAGGCAGUGCUGCGCCAGGUGUCCGCCGCCCUGGCCAACUUGGGACCUGCCGGGGCUCUCUCGGUGGCCCGACUCAUGGAGGACCUGGAGCUGCGAACACCGCAGAAUCUCGAGACCUCCACGCAGAUCGCCCUCCUCUGGGCCUGUGCCCGCGCGCCUGCACUGGAUGCACUCGGUGGUGAGCGGCUGUGCCGAAUGGCGGAGCAGGUUGGCCCCAGGCUGUCCGAGGUCACGUCUGCGGAGCUUUCUCGGCUGUCUUGGGUGCUCGUGCAGGGCCGGCGACAAUUCGGCCCGGAACCCAGUCGAUGGGUGGGGACACUGAGAUGCGAGGUGCGCGGGCGCCUUGGGGAGUUUAACAGCUCCCAGCUUUCCACAGUGCUUUGGGCUGCAGCGGAGGUCGCUGUUCAGGCAGACACAGUUCUCCCGGCUGCCGUGCGGCUCACCUCCUUGGGUCUGGCGGAGCUGCCAGAGGCAUCGCUGGCCUCCUUGACGGUUUCCGUGGCCAAGCUGGGAUUGGGCACUCAGGAGGGCACUUCUCUGCUUGCGUUGGCAGUCGAGGAGCUUGAGCUCCGAUGCGACCAAACGUCAAGAACUCCGCUCUCACCGGCGACGCUCUCCUCCGUUCUCUGGGGCCUGGCAGAGCUGCUGCCAGAAGAGGGGCAGAGGCUGCUGUCUGCCUUGGAGCCGACGAUUCUUGCGCAGCUGACGUGGGGCCACUUUGGGCCAAAGCAUCUCGCUCGCUUGGCCCGUGCAGCUGCCAGCCUCUCCGGCCCUUCCGCAGCGCUGCGGGAGGCAGAGGCUGUGGCCGCCCGUGUGGUGCGUGUGGCUCCGGGAGACUUUGAGCCUGGGGACCUGGCGAAGCUCGGGCAGUCCUUCGCGAAGCUGCAGCUUCCGGCCGACUACUGCCGGGACCCGGAGAAGAGACUCGCUUUGAGCGCCUGGUGA